AUGACACUGGUCGUGAGAAGGGACCUCAACAUGGGCAAAGGUAAAGUGGCGGCCCAGUGUGCUCAUGCUGCCGUGAACGCGUACAAGGAACUCCUCAAGAGAGACCCAAAUCUACUGAAACGGUGGGAGUUGUGCGGCCAGCCAAAAGUGGUGGUCAAGGCUGACACCGAGGAGUGCCUUCUUGAACUUCACCGACGAGCCAAGGAGUCUGGACUCAUUACCAGUUUGAUUCAGGACGCAGGGAGAACACAGACGGCCCCAGGCACAAGAACUGUUCUUGCUGUAGGACCAGGACCCGGGGGUGUUGUAGACAAAGUAACUGGACAUUUGAAAUUGUACUAA